UGUAGCACGUUUCCAGAAAACAUAUCCUUGACAGCGGUUGACGUGAACCGUGCACGAGUCUUAGGACGCUCUUUUGUCUCGGUCAUAAUUGUCACAGGGAUGGUACAUCACGUGCGAAUAUUGGUCAUUAAACAGUAGACGGGAACUUACUUUGAAAAGGGCUACUGUAAAUCUGAUUGUUGAAGUUCUGAGUAACUUUAAUUCGUCUUGACAGUAAUACACGGCACAAAAAUCAAGUAUGAGUUCUAGUGAUUCUGAGCCAGAAGAGGAAGAGCAGGAGCCAGCGAUAGAUUACUCCACUUUAAGAGAGGAAUUUUUGACCGCUGUUCGGAAGAACGACAAAAUGAAGGUCAAAUUUACAAUACGAGAUCAUGCAAAAGGGAUAAAAGAGAUAGCAGGCGGUGUGGGAGAGGAUGGCUCUUGCGCCAUGACCAAGGCAGCCUUCAUGGGGUACGCCCCUAUCAUCCAGAUGAUGGUGAACGCCGGAGCUCCUGUAGACGCCGCUGACAAAGAUCAAUGGACAGCCCUGAUGGCGGCAUCCCAGAACGGGAAGUUGGAGGUGGUUGAGUUUUUGCUAGAAAACGGCGCAAAUGUCAACUGGCAAGACAAGAAGAAGUGGACAGCGCUGCAAGUGGCUGCAUAUAACGGCCAUGAGAAGGUUGCGGAGAAAUUAUUAGACGCCGGAGCUGAAAUCAACGCUGAGAACAAGAAGAAACAAUCUGCGCUCCUCAUGGCUACUAAGAACGGCCACGAAGAUGUCGCCAGCCUUCUCGUUGCCCGCGGGGCAGAGACGGACGUCAGCGUCAACGGCAAGUCGGCGCUGUUUUCGGCCGUUGAAAAGGGCAAGAAGAAAAUCGUCAAAUCGCUUUGUGAGAGUGGGGCCACGCCAGAACCGGAACACGAAGGGGUGACCGCACUUUACGUUGCUGUGGAGCACUCUUACAGAGAGAUAGUGGAAACUCUCUGCCACCACGGCGCCAAGCCUAACAAUGCGCAUAAAAAUGGGAAAUCUGCCCUUUACCUUGCGGUAGAAAACGGCAAAGAAAAAAUUGUCAAAACACUCUGCGAACACGGAGCAGAGACCAACACUUCCAUGCGAAAUAAAGCUGCGCUCUUCCUCGCUGUAGAAAUGGGAGAGAAUGAAAUAGUUAAGACCCUCCUCAAACACGGGGCAAAGCCCAACGUUGACUUUAAGGGCAAAUCGGCUCUUUUCCUCGCUGUGGAGAAAAACGAGAAAGACAUGGUCAAAGAACUGCUUGGGAAAAAGGCCAACCCUAACACAGAAUUUGAAGGGAAGUACCCACUACAUGUAGCCGCCGAAACCGCAUGUGUGCCCAUAGUGCGAAAGCUCCUGCUGGACGGAGCCAAACCAGAUGCCAUAACCAAAGCCAACAGCGAAACUGCCACACACAUAGCAACGCGACUUGGGGACAAGGAAAAACUCAAGAUAAUGCUAACUAACGGAGCCAAUCCUAACAUCCUUGAUGGCAAAGGUAAAACAGCCUUACACGUGGCAACAGAACUGCGUGAUCUGGAUGCAAUGACACUGCUUCUGAAACACAAGGCAAGUCCCAAUGCCAAAGACAGCAAGGACGGUACCGCGAUCCAUGUAGCAGCCUCGCUCCAGUUCUUAGACUGCGUAGAGUUGUUGCUUUCCAAGGGAGCAAAACCCAAUCUCAUAAGGAAAGGACAGAUGGCGCUGCAUAUAGCCGUAGAGUUAGGCAAUCUUGAGAUGGCAAAGCUUCUUAUGGCCAGAGGUGCAAGCGUGGACGGACAUGGGGAUAGCGGCACAACUCCUCUCAUUAUCGCUUCCUCUCGUGGGGACAUUCCCAUAGUGAAACUUCUUCUUGAAGGGUUUGCCGAGAUUAACAAGCAGAACACUGCCGGAACAAGCCCGCUCCAUGCUGCAUGCGCAUCUGAAAGUCCAAACAGAUAUGAAGUUGUUGAUAUCCUUCUAAACGCGGGGGCAAACGUUCAUGCGAAAUCCAAAAAGGGAACACCUUUGAAGAUCGCUUUGAACAGGCGUGAUCUUAAGUUGGUUCUCAUACUGAUCGACGCUGGGGCCAAUGUUAAUACUAAAUCAGACCAAGGUCUUGUCGCCCUGAAAAUGACACUUGAAAAAGAUAUGGAUGAGCAGUCACUAAAUUUAAUUUGCGCUGGUACCCAGUUAGCCGACCUGGUGAUUAAGAAGGAUCUCCUGUACCAGUCCCUUUUCCGCGCUGUGAAAGCCAACUUGGUCGAGGUUGUCAAAGAGGUGUUAAGUAUACCCAAGGGCAUCGACGUCAAUACCCAGGAUGAGAACGGUUGGGGCCCAUUGCAUCACGCCUGUGAUCUUGGCUACCUGAAAAUGGUGAAAUAUCUGGUCACAACUAAAGCAAACGUGCACCUGGCCGAUCCGGAAUAUAGAACACCGCUGUAUGUUGCUGCCAGAAGUGGGCAUGCCGCUGUGAUCAGCACACUGCUGGCCUACGGAGCGAGCAUCGAUGUCAGAGAAAAAGAUACGAGGAGAACACCCCUCCACGCCUGUGGCAUGAACGGCCACUCUGACGCUGCCCUCGUUCUGAUUCGCGCCGGCGCCAAAAUCAACGCCUACCGUGUGGAUGACUAUACACCGCUCCACGAAGCGUGCGCCAAUGGUCAUAAGCAAUGUGCUAUCACCCUGAUAAGCAAUGGCUCGCAGCCGUAUUUUAAGACUACUGCAGGGUUGACUCCUCUUCAGGUGGCGACUGAAGCGGGACACAAGGACAUGGCUUGGGCAAUUAUGGCCCAUAACUCAAAAUUAACGGAGAAGGCCUCAACCCGUCGCCCCAGUGGGAACUCUCUUUUGUCCCUGACUAAGCAACCAAAUAAGAUUAUCGGGAUGCUAAAAGCUGCAAAGAAUGCGGAGGAAGGUGGAGGCCAGCAGACAAAAGCCGAUUCAUUGCUAGAAAAAGAACCCUCCCAAUCCUCUGGGUGA